AUGGAUGUAAAAUCUGCAUUUUUGAAUGGAGACUUGGAGAAAGAAGUUUAUAUUGAUAAACCUUUGGGUUAUAUUGUGCCUAAUGAAGAAAAUAAAGUGCUAAAAUUGAAGAAGGCUCUCUAUGGCUUGAAGCAAGCCCCUCGUGCUUGGAAUAGCAGAAUUGAUAAAUAUUUUCAAGCAAAUGGUUUUAUCAAGUGUCCACAUGAACAUGCUCUCUAUGCAAGGAAUGAUAAAAAUAGUGAUAUGUUAUUUGUUUGCUUGUAUGUGGAUGACUUAAUUUUUAUAGGGAAUUAUCCAAAGAUGUUUGAAGAUUUUAAGAGAGCUAUGACAAAGGAGUUUGAGAUGACGAAUAUUGGCAUAAUGUCCUACUAUCUUGGGAUUGAAGUGAAGCAACGAAAUGAUGACAUGUUUAUUUCUCAAGAAGGAUAUGCUAAAGAAAUUCUCAAAAAGUUUGAUAUGAAAAAUUGCAAGCCUGUCGGGACACCUGUGGAGUGUGGAAUCAAGCCACACAUGAAUCAAGAUGGUGAAAAAGUUGAUCCAACUUUAUUCAAGAGUCUUGUUGGAAGCUUGAGGUAUCUAACCUGUACUAGACCAGAUAUUCUUUUUGGCGUUGGAUUUGUGAGUUGUUACAUGGAAGCUCCUACUACUUCACAUUUGAAAAUUGUCAAAAGAAUUCUUCGCUACAUCAAAGAUACAAUUAAUUAUGGUAUCUUGUAUGUUUUCUCGGACGACUUUAUGUUUGUUAGCUAUUGUGAUAGUGAUUGGGCCGGUGAUAUUGAUAGUCGAAAAAGUACUACUGGAUUUGUUUUCUUUAUGGAAAAUUCGGCUUUUACUUGGAAUUCUAAGAAGCAACCUAUUGUGACUCUUUCUACUUGUGAGGCGGAGUAUGUAGCUGCUACUUCUUGUGUUUGA